CACUUGUUCCUUCAAACACAUUGCAUAGCAUGCUCAUGCAUUCCCACAGUAUGGAUCCCUAUCAUCAUCCCACCAUGACACAACCUAAACCUCUCAACUCUACCCUCUCCUCUCACCCCCUUGCCCUCGCCGGAGACUCCUUCUCCGGCCGGCUCUUCUUCUUGCGAGAUGUCCAGGUCUUGGAGAUCCUCCUUGCUGCUAUGGUCUUCAUAGUCAUCCAUUCCAUGAGACAGAGGAAACGCUAUGGCUUGCCCGUUUGGCCUGUCUUUGGAAUGUUACCUUCCUUGGUGUUCACGGGGCUUAGGACCAACUUGUAUGAAUGGGUCACCGAUGUCCUGAGCCGGCAAAACUGGACGUUUCAAUUCAGAGGGCCUUGGUUCAGCAGCCUCAACUGCGUCGUCACGUCUGAUCCUCGCAACUUGGAGCAUCUUCUCAAGACCAAGUUCCCUCUUUUUCCGAAAGGAAGUUACUUUAGGGACAAUCUGAGGGACCUUCUUGGAGAAGGUAUUUUCAACGCAGAUGAUGGGACAUGGCAGAGACAGAGGAAAACGGCGAGCAUUGAGUUUCAUUCUGCAAAAUUCAGGAACAUGACCACAGAGUCAUUGUUUGAGCUAGUCCAUUUGAGACUGUUGCCUGUGUUGGAAGCAUCGUUUGAGAAAUCCACGUCCAUUGACUUACAAGACAUCCUAUUAAGGCUUACGUUUGACAACGUGUGUAUGAUAGCUUUCGGUGUUGAUCCAGGUUGCUUGAGCCUGAACUUGCCGGAAAUCCCAUUCGCUAAAGCGUUUGAAGAUGCAACAGAAGCGACGGUGCUUCGCUUCGUCACGCCAACAUGGGUGUGGAAAACCAUGAGGUGUCUCAACCUGGGGAUGGAGAGAAAGCUGAAGAAGUCGAUAAAGAAGGUGGACGAAUUCGCAGAGAACGUGAUUAAGACAAGGAAAAAGGAGCUGGCUUUGCAGCGUGAGGAGGAGAAUACGAGGUCAGACUUGUUGACAAUAUUCAUGGGGCUCAAGGAUGAGAAAGGGGAGGCAUAUUCAGAUAAGUUCUUGAGAGAUAUAUGUGUGAACUUCAUAUUAGCAGGGAGGGACACGUCUUCAGUGGCUCUGAGCUGGUUUUUCUGGUUGCUUCAUGAGAAUCCCGAGGUGGAGGAGAAGAUACUGCAAGAGAUUUGCAAGAUAGUGAAUGAGAGGGAAGAAGAUGAAGCAGCGAAGAAGAAGAAGGAGGGACAAGAGUUGAGAUUUAGAGCGGAGGAGAUUAAGAAGAUGGAUUAUUUGCAGGCUGCUCUUUCUGAGUCACUCAGACUCUACCCUUCCGUCCCUGUGGAUCACAAGGAGGUAGUUGAAGACAACACAUUCCCAGAUGGAACAGAGCUAAAGAAAGGCACCAAAGUCAUAUACGCAAUUUAUGCGAUGGGGAGAAUGGAAGGCAUAUGGGGAAAAGAUUGCAGAGAGUUCAGGCCAGAGAGAUGGCUCAGAGAUGGCCAUUUCAUGAGUGAAUCCGCUUACAAGUUCACUGCCUUCAAUGGUGGUCCUCGUUUGUGCCUAGGCAAAGAUUUUGCUUAUUACCAGAUGAAAUAUGUCGCUGCCAGCAUCAUCUAUCGCUACCAUGUGAGGUUGGCUCACAAUCACCCUGUGCUUCCCAAGCUUGCAUUAACUAUGUACUUGAAGCAUGGCUUGAAAGUUAGUCUUGAAAGGAGGGACGCCGCAGAGAUUCGGAAACAUUUCUCAGAUCAGUAAAACGCUAAAGAUUGAAUUCAUGAUGGAUUGGCUUGCUAGGGUUUAUAAAAGUAUUCUACGGCCCUUUCUUGUUUCUGAUUCAUAGGUACUGAGAGGGUGCAUUGUUCAGAGUGAUAAAGAAAUAGUAUUGUAUUUACUCUUGUGUUCUAGGGAGAUGAAGUUAAAUAAUGUUCACGUUGAAUGUGAUGCUGGAAAACUUUGGGGUUGUUAAGAAUCAUUUUGUCAAUAAUAUAUUUUCUGUUCUCGUCAGUA